UAAGAAAAUCCGAUUCGCCGCACCAAAUUCUCAGACUACGAGGAGGAGAAGACAUUCGGUUGAUUUUUAGCGACUUUUACGGCUAAGAGAGAGAUUCCGAUUAGAUCGCCGGAAAGAUUCCGAUUAGAUCGCCGGAGAUAUCAGAGAUGUCGAGGAGACCAGACGAAGAAUACGAUUACCUGUUCAAAGUUGUUCUAAUCGGCGAUUCUGGCGUCGGAAAGUCCAACUUACUCUCCCGUUUCACUCGUAACGAGUUCUGCCUCGAAUCCAAAUCCACUAUUGGCGUCGAGUUCGCCACCCGCACUCUAGAGGUUGAGGGAAGGACAGUGAAAGCUCAGAUUUGGGACACAGCAGGACAAGAGAGAUAUCGGGCAAUCACAAGCGCGUAUUACAGAGGCGCAUUGGGAGCCCUCCUAGUUUACGACAUAACUAAACCAACUUCUUUCGAGAACGUUAGCAGGUGGUUAAAGGAAUUAAGAGACCACGCAGAUUCCAACAUCGUGAUAAUGCUGAUAGGAAACAAGACAGAUCUGAAACAUCUCAGAGCAGUUAACACUGAAGAUGCUCAAAGCUUUGCAGAAACCGAAGGUCUUUCUUUCAUAGAAACUUCGGCUUUGGAAGCAACGAAUGUUGAGAAGUCUUUCCAGAUGAUCCUUUCUGAGAUUUAUAGGAUAAUCAGUAAGAAGACUCUAUCUUCUGAAGAACCGGUUCAGGCUAGUAGUAUAAAAGAAGGUAAGACUAUCGUUGUUGGGACGAAUGAGUCUGUUUCGAAGAAGGCCUGUUGUUCGUCUUAAAAGCGGUUUGGCUGGCUAUAUUCAUAUCUACUGGCUAUAUUUUAAUGUGUUCUUAUCUUAAACUGGUAUUGUUUUUUUUUGUUUGUGUAGUUUUUGUUGAUGUUGUUCCUAUCUUUGAUAUUCUUGAAUGUUGAAAAUUGUUUAAUUGUGGUUCUAUUCAUUGAUGCUAGGAGAUUUCUGU